CAAUGACAUCGGAGCCGCCUUGGAGCAGUCUGUGUCAACUUCUCCUCUAAUUUAAACCGUUCCGUAUUGUUUAUUGCAGCAUCACGAAAGGAGCAGUUUUUUCACUUAGUGAACAAGACAGCUGCCGCACUGUAUUUGCACAGUGACACGUUCAAUGCUUGUUGUUUGCAGACUUGAUACCACACUACGCAAGCGAGGAUCAAACUAAAAACCAGUCAAGGCAAGACGAGAGCAAUCAAUCUUGAGGGAUCGACCCGAUCAGCUUUACAUGACUGUAAUGGUCAUUCCACGGUUGUCGAGUGCAACGGCCGUGUCUAUGCCCCAUUUAUUUGCAUAUUCUCAACAGUGACUACCCCAGCAUACUAUACAUGAGCAUUCUGUCAGACAUGAUCACUUCCAAUAGUCGCUACUAUGGAUGCAUUCCUUACCAAACUGUCUCAUCAAGCCACAAGUUAUGCCAUCAGGUCAUGCAUCGCUCUUACAUCUUCUUAUGUUAUCCAAAAAGGCUCAAAACUGCUAAAGACAGUCGAUGAUGAUCCCCUGCGGAUAGAGUUGAUUGCUCUCCAAAAGCGCUUGGCCCGAAAAAUCGAGUUCGUCACCCCCAUUCUGGAGAAUAUCGAGUUCCGCUACACCCGAGGCGACUCGGCGCUUGAAGCGGUUGUACGAAUCUCCCGGGAGCUACGAGAAGACAUCGACGCUCUUGCAAAGCGGCUUGAAGCCGCCACCGUCCUAGAGCCUUCCCGACACGAAAAUGAGAGCCGUUCUGCCCGACGCCAUGCUGAACUACAGGAUAUAGUGGCAGACAUCAAGGAGCUAAUAGUCAAUAUCGACGAUGCUAUCCCCCUGAUCAACCUUUGGGUUUCCGCGGUCGGGAGCGUGCAAACGCAGGCAUCCUCGUUCUCCCCGUCGCGGCUGCUUCAGGCAAGCAUGCUUGUCAACGUUGGGGAUAGCCAGUACAUCCUCAACCCCACCCAACCCAUGCAAAUUGGUCCUGAUUUUACACUGUCCCUGUACAUGCUCUUCCGCGGGCACGCUUCUCAGGAUGCAGGACCCUACGGUAUCGAGGAUGGUCAACGGAAACCAACCUGGCAGGAGGUAAUACACAAAGCCCGCGUGAGGUUGUACCGUGUCCCGCCAGACAUCGACUAUCCAUCAAAUCAAAGACUCGAGCAUCAAAACUCUCAGGUCGCCUAUACCUAUCGACUUCAGAUCGUGGAGGACCUUGACGACGGGCGCGUCCACACGCUUGAAGAUGGCAACGUAGAAAUUGGAUCUUACGAUAGUGUGCCACUGGCAGGCAUCCGAGAACAGCUACCAGUGGGGCAAAUAUCGAAAAUGUUUUAUGCAGACGUCGGGAGGAUCUUGAACAUCAAUAACGAAGAUGGCGCUUCAAGCAACCCGGUGCUCCUGCUUAAACGAGACGUCCAAAGUGUCCCGCCAACUAGUAUCUACGGAGAUACAGCAGAACGGGCGAACCAACGACAUGAGAUUGGUUUAGUGGAGGAUGUGGAUGGGCAUAGCAUUGUUUCGGAUGCUACCUUAUCAGAGUCGGACCCUCAAGACGACAUCGACCGUCAGCUGCGAGAAGAGAGCCAAUUACCGGAGACAACACAGCAAACACAGCAAACGGAGAGCCAAGCCCGGGAGGUGGCGCAAAGAGCUCCAACCUUGGCCCAGCCAAGCAAACAGUGGACAAUACCCCCAAAUUUGGAUCCUGAAUGGAUGGCUCUAGAGGUAUUCGAUAUAGAGGAUGACACUGAGUCAUCGGAAGACGAGGAUGACCCUACUUCCGAAAAGGAAGAUCACCCAUCUUCCACCAGGCCCCCAAAGCCACGACCUAGCUUCCGUUCAUCGGUUGACAACAACCUAGUAACCCAACUCCAACGCAUGAGCCUAGCCUCCACCCACCCAAGCUCCCUCCCCUCCUCUCGCCCUUCAUCCAGGGGUUGUUCACCCACUCCCAACAACCAACGUCCUCAACACCCCGAGCAAACCUCAUCAUCCGUCAUCAUAAGCAACCCCCACUUGACCCAAUCCCAGCACCUCAGCGCGCCACUGAGCCCCUCUCUCGUCGAACGCUCCCCCUUCGCCGCGAUCAAGACAUCACUCUCCAUCCUCGAGAUGCUCCUCCGGCUCACGAGCCUGCAGGAGUUCGAGCAGAUGACGCAUCUCGCCAUCCCGGACCAUGUGCUCAAGUUUUACCUCGACGAGUCGGCCUCAAGCAGCGGGUUGCACGGCCAGGAACGGUGGGCCGCGCGGGCGGAGGCGGCGAGGAAGGUUGGAUUUGAUCCCUAUGCUGAUGCGGCCAUGUAGGCUGGCUGGAUUGAAUGGAAUAGAUGUGGGUGAGAGGUAGAUCAUACUUGGCGCUAGUAUAGAACGGCUAUAAGUUAGACAUAGCAGAAAGACUAAGAUACGCUUCGAUGAUACAUGGCUUUUGGUGACUCGCAUUGACAGGGGCAUCCACAGCAGGCAAAGACCAAU